CUUCGGUCUCAAAAUAAAGAGAUGAAUACAUCAACGAUUUCCAUAUCUUUACUACUUAUUCCAUUUUCCGGCUAAUAUCCUCUUUUUUUUUUGGGAUUCUUUAGCUUUUGGGUAAACUUUUUAUGCUUUCCCAUUCUUUAGCUUUUGGUCUGAAAUGGUUCGAGGAAAGGUAGAGAUGAAGAGGAUUGAGAAUGCAACCAGCCGGCAAGUGACUUUUUCUAAACGGAGAAAUGGAGUUAUGAAGAAAGCUUAUGAACUAUCCGUUCUUUGUGAUGCUCAAGUUGCUCUUAUUAUUUUCUCUCACAAAGGAAGACUCUUUCAAUUCUCAAGCUCCUGCAUGCAAAAGACAAUUGAAAGAUAUCGUGAAUAUACAAAAGAAACGUUGAUCAACAUUAACACAUUUGAAGUGGAACAACAAAUGGAGAAAUUGAAGGAAGAAACAGCAAACAUUGCAAAGAAGAUUGAGAUCCUUGAACUUUCCAAACGGAAGCUUUUGGGGCAAGGCGUUGGAUCAUGUUCAAUUAAUGAACUUCAAGAGAUCGACAACCAGCUAGAGAGAAGCUUGAAGAUCAUCAGGGCGAGAAAGUCUCAAGUAUUCAAGGACGAAAUACAACGGCUUAAAGAAAGGGAGAGACAAAUGCUAGAAGAAAAUGCAAGGUUAUCUGAAAAGUGUGGACGAGUAAGGCCGGCAGCAUUAGAGUCAGCCCAACUGAAAGAAAAGGAAACGUCAUGUAGCCGGGUGGCCAUGGAGACUGAUUUGAAUAUUGGCCUUCCAGAUAUUGGUUGGUGGUAGAAAUAUUCUUAUACUUUAAUAUAGAGAGUAUAAGGGCAUGCAAAUUCAACAAAUAAGACGUGCCAAUACGAGUUCAAUAUCUCAGCUUCUAUGUAAAUAAAUAAAUGUAUUUCUAUGAACAAAGGUUGUAAAGAAGUCUAAUUUAUUGCAUAAAAUAGAGUAAUAUGUUUUCUUCAAUUCA